UCUGAUGGCUAACAAGUUGGAUACAGCAAUGUGGAUUUCCCGCUUGUUCACAGUUUACUGCUCAGCUUUAUUUGUCCUGCCUCUUCUAGGGUUGCAUGAAGCAGCAAGCUUUUAUCAGCGUGCCUUGCUGGCAAAUGCUCUUACUAGCGCACUCCGACUACACCAAAGGCUACCGCACUUUCAGCUUAGCAGGGCGUUUCUGGCCCAGGCUUUGCUGGAGGACAGCUGCCACUACCUGUUGUACUCUCUUAUCUUUGUGAAUUCCUACCCUGUUACAAUGAGUAUUUUUCCAGUUCUACUGUUCUCUUUGCUUCAUGCUGCCACAUACACAAAGAAGGUUCUUGAUGCACGAAGUUCAAAUAGUCUGCCCUUUCUGAGAAAUCUUUUAGAGAAACUGAGUGCUAAUCAACAGAAUAUUCUAAAAUUCAUUGCUUGCAAUGAAAUUUUCCUGAUGCCGGCUACAGUUUUUAUGCUCUUCAGUGGGCAAGGGAGUCUGCUCCAGCCAUUCAUUUACUAUAGGUUUCUUACUUUACGCUACUCCUCUCGGCGAAAUCCUUACUGUCGGACUCUCUUCACUGAGCUGAGGAUCGUUGUUGAACACUUAAUAAUGAAGCCCUCAUGCCCUGUUUUUGUGAGAAGACUAUGCCUCAGCAGCAUUUCCUUUAUAAGCAGAUUGGCACCAACUGUUGCAUAGCCAAAUUUCAGGCACUUGUGUUUUGUGAACGUUAUGAGCAGCUGGCACUUCUGCUGCUGAUAAUAAAAUUCCUGGUUUUACACUGAUCUCA